CUCAGUUCACCACUUUCAUCGUCUACAAAAUGGUGUCCACAACACUUUCUCUCUGUCACACCGACGGCUACCAGUAGGGGGUGCUAAAUUCUCACAAACAUGCUAUGUGUCAGGAAGGGUAUACUACCAACCAGAAUGACCUGUACCCUUUACACACACACACACACACACACACACACACACACACACACACACACACACACACACACACACACACACACACACCUGCUCAUGUGUGUUCUGUACUCUACAGCGUUUUGUCCCCCACAUACAUUCUCAGAGCUAUCGUUUCUAUACUUCCAGGUGCCAGUCAUCCUAUCCCACUGCUUUAAUUAUGCACACUUUGAAGGCCCCCCCAGUCCGAAGUUUCGGUCCAGUUGAUGCUGCUCAUUGGCUUUAUUGGUUAUUGGCUUCUGCCAGGAAAAGAGACGGACAUAAGGCUUUUCUUCUUUUGUUUUCGGUGACCGUUCCUCUCAGUUUAAGUUUUGUACGCUCUUGGCAUUCUUAUCACGCUGCGGGGGAGCUUCAUGCAGCAUUACUCUUCUAGCUGAUUGCUUUGGAGCUGUGCAUCGCUGUGAGGCGUGUCAUCGGAGGGUCCUCGUUUGCCUGUUAUAUUGGUCUCUUCCUUCCUCUAGAAAGACGGGCUGCUGCGUCUCGGAGCUGCCAGAGUGUGAAAUUGGAGAACAAGAAUGGAGAACAUCAAGCAGCCAGUGAAGGAGGUUCUCCCCCUGCCUCGUCACCCCACCCCACUUCCUGUGACCCCCACAUCUCUGACUCCUGCUGCCUCCUCAAAAAGACACACACCAGGGUCCAUGCAGCAUGUUCAGUUGGCCUCGUCAGUGGUGACAUCCUUCAGUCACCUGAAGCCUCCAGAGAGGGACCUCACACCGAUGUCUCAGAUGAAGCCUAUUAAAUCGCUGAAGCAUGCUGGCUUAACUGCCGUCUUCACCGGGCAAACUAUGCUUGACAACGAGGAGGUGCGAGAGGAGGCACCAAGUGUCAACGCCAUCUUGGCUGACAUAGACUCCCUGGUGCCCACCCACGAUGAAAGUGGACGCCCCAUACCAGAAUGGAAACGGCAGGUGAUGGUGCGGCAGCUGCAUGUCAGGAUGCAGGAUGAAGAGGCGGAGGAGACACAGGAUAUGUUGAAUGGGUAUGUGCCAGUGGAUUCCUGGAAGUACUCCCAGACUCACAAUGCCAUCUUGGGGCCCUUUGGUGAGCUCUUAACAGAGGAGGACCUGGUUUACUUGCAGCAUCAGAUUGAGUCUGUUUCUCUGCAGAAACGCUGCCAGGCCUAUGAGUUGGAGUUGACCAGGCUAACCGAGGAGUUAAAGGCAAUUUUACCUGAUCCUAUAGUCAAUAUUUCCCUCAACAAGGAGGCUCUGCAAAAAAUGGACUCUGAGGGAAAAUCGCACCUGACUCUGCCUGUCUGGUGUGAUCGUGUCUCAGAGAUUGUCAAAAACAUGUCCCUGCUGGUGGCUAACCUGACGAAAACACAGGCAAAGGAAAGCGACUGGGGGAUGGUGGGAGGUAUGGUUGAGGGGAUGAAGGAUUUGCAGGCAAAUAGAGUUGUCUCUGAAAUUGAUUUGGACUCAGGAUUUAUGCAAAAGGGCAAAGAGAAGGAGCGUACGCCUGCAGGGGCAUCCAGCGAAUGUAGGAUGCCUAAUAUUAGGGGGACAUCGGCUUUCAGCCAGCGCUUGGAGAGCAGCAGCUGCAGUAGAGAGCAGAGAGAGAAGGUGGAGAGAGAGAUCCAGCAGUCUGGUGUGUCGGUGAAAAACCUUCGGUCCAACUUUGAGGGUCAAAUUGGAAGCAUUUAUCCCUUCGCUGGGGUUGUACAUGGCGCGCAGCGGCUGAAGAGUAAGAAUUGGGUUGUACCAUCAGCAGGAAACAGCGAUGAUGUCAACACACACCUCGGUGCCCUUAAACCCUGUGAAGCUGUGGUGGAGACCACCAGCUUGAGAAAAGAGCGGAUAGUGGUGUUGUUCCUGAGCCACUGGAAGAAGUCUGCAUAUGCCAUCUCAAUGAGAGCCGCAAGGCAGAGGCAGGAAAAGCUUGCAGCACCGGGAAAUGUGACUACAGCACUGCCUAAACAGAAAACACACUCCCUUUUCCGGUUCUGCAAACAACGAGGCGCUGUGGACAAAAUGGUGAACUCCUGGAGGAAUAAGCUAGAAUUGAAAUAUGAUCUGAAAUCCCAUUUGGCCUCCAAAAAUCCAUGUGACUCCCAUGUGACCUUUUCUCCAGAGCAGUUCCUGCCAGAAGUAAAUGGAGUCACGAUGAGCCACGACAGCUUGACCCUGGACCUCUUCAUGCUGGGUUACUUCCACAUCUUAGAGCAAGACCUGUCCGCAGAGGAGAGGAAGAUGAGACAUCUCCUCUGCUUUGAGGUUUUCGACCACGUCAGUUUCUUCCCCUGGGAAAAGGUGCGAGAUUUCCACAAAGCCGUUCUUCAGGAAAUUCAGUCUGGGAGGAGACAGUGGAGCGACGGCUUUGAAGACCUCAAAGUUCGGUUCUUCGGUGAAUCAACACCGUGCCGCUGCCCAUCAUCAUUCCUGCCAGACUUCGAAGCUGUGCCCAAGGUUAUAGUGCAAAACGCCACUCCAGAGGAGAGCGGCAGCGACGCAGAAUUUAGCUGUUUCAAUAAUGAAGACAUCUUUAAAUAUAUCGAUCGCAGUUUUGCUUUCUGGAAAGAGAAAGAGGCAGAGCUGUUUAACUUUGAACACUGAGCUUAAAUUUUACGUUUUUCUUUUUUUUUUGGACAAAAUGAUACCGAUGUGUUUGUGUUAAACUAGAGAUGGAUCCCAAAUAAAACACUGAGAAAGCUUUGUUGGUGAACAGUUUUUGCAAACAGAAAUUAC